AGGCAAGUUGGUCUCGCUGUGUUCCGUCCAGCCCGUGGCCAUGGCGGCCGCCGUCCACCACCACCACCACCUCCACUUCCACCUUCUUCUCCGUCCGCCGCCUCGGCAGUCCAGCAUCUUCUUCACCCCGCGCCCCGUCCCGCCUACACGGCUCCGCUCCUCCCUCCAGCCCCCCACCUGCCACCUCGCCGUCGCCCCCUUUGAAGAAGCAGAUCAGCGGGAGGACAAGGAGGAAUUCGUGGUCGUCACCUUCUACAAGCUGGUGCCCGUCGAGGACCCACGCGCUGACGUCGCCGCGCACCUCCACUUCCUCCAGGGACGCGACAUACACGGCCGCAUUUACAUGAACGAGCAGGGGAUCAAUGCUCAGUACAGUGGUCCGCGCAAAGAUGCAACGGCGUAUGCGGAAUGGCUCAGAGAAGACCAUCGCUUUUCUGAUAUACUCGUCCAAAUUUCGCCAGCAUUAAACGGGCAUGCUUUUCCUCGGCUGAGACUGCGGUACAAGAAAUCACUUGUUCAGUUGGAAGGAGGCAGUUGUCACCUUCCUUUGCUGGAACCUAGCAUGCGUGCUUCACCACUGACCCCAUCUGAGUGGAGGGAAAAACUUGAAGCUAGAAAACGUGGUGAAACCGAAGCAGCUGGAGAUACAUGUGAACGAAAACUUCUGCUCCUUGAUGUUAGAAAUGACUAUGAAUGGGACAUUGGGCAUUUUGAAGGAGCUAAGAGGCCUAACGUGGACUGCUUCAGAAGCACUUCCUUUGGGCUCUCAGAGCAGGAGACUGAUUUGACGGAUCCUCUACAUGGAGUAGAUAAAGAGAAUACAGACAUAUUAAUGUACUGCACAGGUGGUAUACGAUGCGACGUAUAUUCAACAAUUUUGAGGGACAAGGGUUUUGGAAACCUGUACACUCUGAAGGGGGGCGUGUCUAACUAUCACAAGAGUGAAGGAUGCGCGGAGUGGGUGGGCAAUCUGUUUGUGUUUGAUGAUCGGCUGUCGCUGCCACCGGCAAAGUUUGCAGAAGAAGGUGAUGGGGGAGAAGAAGGUGGUAUUGACAAUGGGAAGCCACCGUCCUCGUCGUCCCGGUGGUUGGGUCGGUGCUACGUGUGUGGAUCGGAGGUGGAGGAGCUGAGGCACCGCAACUGCGCCAGCAUCGACUGCAACCGCCUCUACCUGUGCUGCGGGUGGUGCUUGGGGGAGCUGCGGGGCUGCUGCUGUUCGGAGUGCCAAAGCGCGCCACGGCUGCGGCCGUUGCUGCCGGGACACCAGAGAUACGACAAGUGGCACCUCUACCGUGACUGACACCUCGACCAUCUCUAGCUGAUUUCAGAUUUUACUAGAUUGAUGUCAUCUCAUGUAUUCUAUGUAUACUUGUUCCAGAUAGACAUGGAGCUGUGUGCUUGCAACUUCCAAUCACAACAUGGAAAACAACUGCGAUUACUAUUAUUUGAUGUCUUCAA